AUGCGUUAUAAGAAUGUCUGUUAUAAUUGCGUUAGGCGCAAGAUCAAGUGUGAUAAGCAUCAUCCCAGUUGUACACACUGCUCAGGAAUAGGACUUGAAUGCACGUACGACCGUACGGUCCGCAGAAAUUCUACUUCACGUAAAGCAAAAGACCGACGUCGAGGCGGUACUAAGGGCAAUAUAUGGUCAGAAUCUGAAGACGAUUGUGUCAUGGAGCUAAAACGGAAAAGACUGAACUGGGAAGAAAUCUCAAAGCACGUACCUGACCGGAGUACAAGUGCUUGUCGCCAGCGGUACCAAUAUCUUGUCCGGGAAAGAGGAGAAAAGGGCGCACCGUCAAGCGACAAAUGGUUACCGGAAGAGGAUACGCGUGUUCGUGAACUACGAGAUAAAGGCAUUAAGUGGGAAGAUAUCUCGAAGAUAUUACCUGGACGGAGCGCGACGGCCUGCCGCCUGCAUUACCAGAAUUAUCUCAUUAGACGAAAGGGCCGGGAUGAAGAACACAAGAACAAACUUGCCAUACGUUACGAAAGGCACAAACCACUGCGUGCUUCCUCGUCUCUGAAUACGGAUUUCGGUGAACCAGACCGGGCGUUGGCCCAAGUCCAGGACGGCCAGGUUCGAGGGGCGAGUACCGACAACCUGUCUCACGUCGAGCAGCUACAGCUGCGCCAGCGAGUCAACCUUGCGAUUUUCGGUUACCUCAUGCUUGAGAGUCAUCCGCACAUCCCAUCUGCCCUAGGCGAUUACAUCAAUGCCGAAGAAUACGCCUUGCAAGGCCUAUCCGGAAGGCUGGGAACCGAGUAG